UCUGCGCUUCGCUCGCAAGAUGGCGGAGGCGACCAACUGCACCAUGGAGAAUUUUGUAGCCACCCUGGCUAAUGGGAUGAGCCUGCAGACUGCAAUAGAAGAUGUGUCCUGCCCCCAGGCCGAGAGCAGCGUGAAGCCCACGGCCGAGGAGAUGACGUCCAAGGAUUAUUACUUCGACUCCUAUGCCCACUUCGGCAUCCACGAGGAGAUGCUGAAGGACGAGGUUCGCACUCUGACCUACAGAAACUCCAUGUUCCACAACCGGCACCUCUUCAAGGACAAGGUGGUUCUGGACGUGGGCAGCGGCACCGGGAUUCUCUGCAUGUUCGCGGCCAAGGCGGGUGCCAAGCGGGUCAUCGGGAUCGAGUGCUCCAGCAUCUCCGACUACGCCGUCAAAAUCGUCAAAGCCAACAAGCUGGACCAUGUGGUGUCCAUCAUCAAGGGCAAGGUGGAGGAGGUGGAGCUGCCGGUGGAGAAGGUCGACAUCAUCAUCAGCGAGUGGAUGGGAUACUGCCUCUUCUACGAGUCCAUGCUCAACACCGUCAUCUACGCCCGCGACAAGUGGCUGACCCCCGACGGGCUCAUCUUCCCUGACCGGGCCACCCUGUACGUCACGGCCAUUGAGGACCGGCAGUACAAGGACUACAAGAUCCACUGGUGGGAGAACGUCUACGGCUUCGACAUGUCCUGCAUCAAGGACGUGGCCAUCAAGGAGCCGCUGGUGGACGUAGUGGAUCCAAAGCAGCUGGUCACCAACGCCUGCCUCAUCAAGGAGGUGGACAUCUACACGGUGAAGGUGGAGGACCUGACAUUCACUUCGCCCUUCUGCCUCCAAGUGAAACGCAACGACUACAUCCACGCGCUCGUAGCGUAUUUCAACAUCGAGUUCACCCGCUGCCACAAGCGCACCGGCUUCUCCACCAGCCCGGAGUCGCCCUACACCCACUGGAAGCAGACGGUGUUCUACAUGGAGGACUACCUGACGGUGAAGACAGGCGAGGAGAUCUUCGGCACCAUCAGCAUGAAGCCCAAUGCCAAGAACAACCGGGACCUGGACUUCACCAUCGACCUGGACUUCAAGGGCCAGCUGUGUGAACUGUCCUGCUCCACGGAUUACCGCAUGCGCUAGCCCCCCCAUGU